AUGGGUAUUUGUUUAAUAUCAACAGACCAAUCAGCGGAUAUAUUUCGUACAUUAUCUCAUGGUAUUCAACAAUGGGCAUCAGCAGUUAAUAAUCAAACCUAUAUAAUCUCACAUGUUACGGCUGAUGAAGCACCUUGUUUAACAAGUGCCAUGUCUGAAAUUCAGUUAGCAAGACGUUUAAUGUGCUGGUUUCAUAUGAUUCGUAAAUUUCGCGAACAUGCAAAACUAAUUAAAGAUAAAAAUAAUAGCUAUUAG